UGGUGGGGAAGGGCUUAAAGGCUGAGUCAAAAGCCAAGAAGUCUCUUUAUUUACGCCUACCUCCCAGCCCUUGGCAAUCUGACUAAUAACACACUGAGCUAACAAGAAAGACUAGAAAGGGAGGACAGAGAACAUUGCUGCAGCCUGGAUCCACAACCUCAGAAAGCGAGAGUGAUCAGUCCCAGCUCUGCCAAACAUCUUGUUUAUGGACUGCGUUCGGCAGCUCGCAAAUGGUUAACUAUAUGCAAAAAAAGUCAGCAUAGCUGUGAAGUAUGCCCUGAAUUUUAAUUGGGGAAGAAAAGGACAACUGCUUCGGGAUGAUCUAGCAGGCACUCUGCUAGAAAUAUUUUCAAUGAGAUGCUCAGCACUUUGUCUCUGACCAGAGGCUUUCACUUGAUAAAGUGCGGGACUUGCCAAAAAGUGAUAUUUGAGAAGAAAGUACACGGUGGUUAGUGUUUUCUUUUUAAUAAAGAAACUGAAUUGACUUUGAACAUCUCUUCCAGCUGUGCAUUACAGAUAACGUCAGGAAGAGUCUCUGCUUUACAGAAUUAGAUCCCACCACAUGACAACAUGAAGCUGUGGAUUCAUCUCUUAUACUCAUCUCUCCUUGCCUAUAUGUCUUCACAGUCCCAGUCUACAGGGUCCUCGGCCAGAGGUUCUUGUGAUUCUCUUUGCAAUUGUGAGGAAAAAGACGGCACCAUUUUAAUAAACUGUGAAGAAAAAGGUAUCAAGACGCUAUCGCAAAUAAGUGUGCCACCAUCACGACCUUUCCACUUAAGUUUAUUAAAUAAUGGCUUGACAAUGCUCCACACAAAUGACUUUUCUGGGCUUAGGAAUGCUGUCUCAAUACACCUUGGAUUUAACAACAUUGCAGAUAUCGAGAGUGGUGCAUUUAAUGGCCUUGACCUUCUAAAGCAGCUCCAUAUCAACCACAAUUCUUUAGAAAUUCUUAAAGAGGACACCUUCCAUGGGCUGGAAAAUCUGGAGUUCCUACAAGCAGAUAACAACUUUAUUACAGUGAUCGAACCAAGUGCCUUUAGCAAGCUCAACAGGCUUAAAGUGUUAAUUUUAAAUGACAAUGCUAUUGAGAGUCUGCCUGCAAACAUAUUUCGAUUUGUUCCUUUAACCCACCUAGAUCUUCGUGGAAAUCAGUUGCAGACAUUGCCUUAUGUUGGUUUCUUAGAACACAUCGGCAGAAUAUUAGAUCUCCAGUUGGAGGACAACAAAUGGGCCUGCAAUUGUGACUUACUGCAGCUGAAAAUUUGGCUGGAAAACAUGCCCCCACAGUCUAUAAUUGGUGAUGUUGUGUGCAACAGCCCUCCGGUGUUCAAAGGAAGCAUACUAAGCCGACUGAAAAAGGAAUCGGUUUGCCCCACUCCACCAGUGUAUGAAGAACAUGAGGACCCUUCAGGAUCAUUGCAUCUGGCAGUAACAUCUUCAAUAAGUGACGGCCGCAUGUUAAUCAAGACCACAUCCCCUUUAAAACCACCCACCAAAGCACCGGGUUUGAUACCGUAUAUUACAAAGCCAUCCACUCAGCUUCCUGGACCCUACUGUCCUAUUCCUUGUAACUGCAAAGUACUAUCCCCAUCAGGACUUCUAAUACACUGUCAAGAACGCAAUAUUGAGAGUAUAUCAGAUCUAAAACCACCUCCACAAGACCCUAGAAAGCUCAUUUUAGCGGGAAAUAUUAUUCAUACAUUAAUGAAGUCUGAUCUAGUGGAAUAUGGCACUCUGGAAAUGCUUCAUUUGGGGAACAAUCACAUUGAGGUUCUUGAAGAAGGAUCAUUUAUGAAUCUAACAAGACUACAGAAGCUCUACUUAAAUGGGAACCAUCUGACCAAAUUAAGUAGAGCCAUGUUCCUUGGUCUUCACAAUCUUGAAUACUUAUAUCUUGAAUAUAAUGCAAUUAAGGAAAUAUUACCAGAAACCUUUAACCCAAUGCCUAAACUUAGAGUCCUGUAUUUAAAUAACAAUCUGUUACAAGUUUUACCACCACAUAUAUUUUCAGAUGUUCCGCUAACAAGGAUAAAUCUUAAAACGAACCACUUUACUCAUCUCCCUGUAAGUAAUAUCUUGGAUGACCUUGAUUUACUGAUCCAGAUUGACCUUGAAGACAACCCCUGGGAUUGCUCCUGUGACCUUGUUGGGUUGCAGCAAUGGAUACAAAAGUUAAGUAAGAACACAGUGACGGAUGACAUCCUUUGCACGUCUCCAGAGCACCUCGCCAAGAAGGAAUUAAAAGCAUUAAAUAGUGAACUUCUUUGCCCAGGUUUGGUCAAUAACCCAUCCCCGCCAACUCAGACUAGUUAUGUAAUUGUCAGUACUCCUACAGCCGAUACUAUUUUAAGAUCGCUGACCGAUGCUGUACCACUCUCUGUUUUAAUAUUAGGACUGCUGAUUGUGUUCAUAACUAUUGUGUUCUGCGCUGCAGGGAUAGUGGUUCUUGUUCUCCACCGCAGGAGAAGAUACAAAAAGAAACAAGCAGACGAGCAGAUCAGAGACAGCAGUCCCGUCCAUCUUCAAUAUAGUAUGUAUGGCCAUAAAACAACUCACCACACCACUGAAAGACCCACUGCAUCACUCUAUGAACCUCACAUCGUGAGCCCCAUGGUUCAUGUCUACAGAAGCCCAUCCUUUGGUCCAAAGCAUUUGGAAGCGGAAGAAGAAAAGAAUGAGAAAGAGGGGAGUGAUGCAAAACAUCUCCAAAGAAGUCUUCUAGAACGGGAAAACCAUUCACCACUCACAGGGUCUAACAUGAAGUACAGAACCACGGACCAAUCGACUGAAUUUUUAUCCUUCCAAGAUGCCAGUUCAUUAUAUAGGAACAUAUUAGAGAAGGAAAGAGAACUUCAGCAACUGGGAAUCACGGAGUACCUAAAGAAAAACAUUGCUCAACUCAAGCCCGAUAUGGAGGUACAUUAUCCGGGAGCCCACGAAGAGUUAAAAUUAAUGGAGACAUUAAUGUACUCAAGGCCAAGGAAGGUAUUAGUGGAACAGACUAAAAAUGAAUAUUUUGAGCUCAAAGCUAACUUACAUGCUGAACCUGACUACUUAGAAGUCCUGGAGCAGCAAACAUAGAUGGAGAGUUUGAAGGCUUUUUCAGAAAUGCUGUGAUUCUGUCUUACGUCGAAAUCUUGUAAAAUAAAGUGCCUUACAUGAGUGUGUCAUCAGUCAGAAUUUAAGCACAGCAGUAUUUCUAUGGGAAAAGAAAAGAAAGAAACUCAGGGAUCAAUGGGAGAAGCCAUUGCAUUGUCUUUUGGUAAUUUUGUCUGUCCCCAACAAAAUAAAUCCUUGCAUGUAGAUCAUUCAAGGAUGAUAGUAAUAUUUCUCCACAUACUUUAAAGUGUUUCACAGACGUCCUCUUACGCAUCUAAAAGGAUUGACUAUUUGAGUAACCACAAUUUUCUUGAAUUACUUUACUUGUGGAUUGAAGAGAAUUGGAUUUUGUCAUUUUAAAAUUAUACCUGUACAUGUAGUUAUAAUACGUAAGGAAUAUAUUGUUUAUAUAACCAGUAGAUGUACUGAACAAACGUGCAUUGUCAAAUGCAUCUGAUUUUAUUACAGUAAAGGCAAAAGGAACUGGAUCUUUAAAGUUACAAAUAGUAAUAGGUAAAGAAAAAUAUAGAGGGUCAAAUUAUAUGGGCUAUGAGUGAGCCAAUUUGCAGGUUAAAAAAAAAUGCCCCGACUCUGCUUUCUGAAUUUCAAAUUAAGAAUGGUUAGUAUUACAGGUGGAAUGAAUAAGCAAACUUUGGGGGUUUUCUGCACACCCUGUGUGGACAAUCUUACUGUAAAUGCUGCUGUGAGCUAAGGUAUGUCAUUUGUGCUCAAAGUUUAAUUCUUAUUCUUGGAAUAAUUUUAAAAUGCUACUGAUAUUCAACUGUAAAUAUGAUUAGUGCAUAUAUGAAGUUUAGUUUCCUUUAUAGCAUUGAUCCUUUGUAAAUUUGAAUGACCAUGAUAGAAAUAUGUUUCUUGUGGCAAGUAAUUCACAGGCGUAAAACAAAUAGGAAAAUGUGUAAUUAUAUUUUUAUUGAUGUAUAAUGAUAGUUGCCAUAAAUUAGUUGCAAAAGGCACUUCUGAAGGUAAGUGGUUUAAGUUGCCUCAAGAGUGGCACAAUGUAGCUUUAUUUUACAAGAAAGUAUAGCUAGAUUUCUAUGAACUAUUUAUUCUGUACAGUUUUGUAUAUUUUUGGUUCACAAAGGUAAUUAUUCUUGGGUGCCUUUUAAGAAAAUUAAAAAAUACCGCUCACUACAAUAAAACUAAAAUGAAAAC